AAAGCCAUGCCAGUUACGAACGCAUGCGUUGUGUUCUCAGUGACUCUGUCGUUUCUUGCCUUACUGCCGUCGCUGUCUCUACAGGAUCGUGCGCAGACUUUGGACUAUGGCUUUUCUGAUCAAUACGAAACAACAGCGAAUGGCCCACCAGGUCGUUCCAAGUGGAGCGGCAAUACUGAUCUUUCCGGACCACCGGGUCAUAAUAAAUGGGGGGGUGGUGGCAAAGGGCCACCAGGUGGUCAUGGUCCUCCCGGAUUAGGGGGCGGCGGUCCUCCAGGAUUGAUUAGUAAACGUCCUUCGGGCUGGAACAAAGAGGACACCGAAAAUUCAUCCGAAGGUGAAAACUAUCCACGUCCAAAUAACAAUGGAAACUAUCCACGUCCAAAUAACAAUAAGAAUCAUCCACGUCCUAAUAACAAUGCAAACUAUCCACGUCCAAAUAACGAUGAAAAUUAUUCACGUCCAAAUAAAGGUGAAAACUAUCCUCGUCCAAAUAAUGACGAAAACUAUUCACGUCCAAGUAACAAUGAAAACUAUCCACGUCCAAAUAACGAUGAAAAUUAUUCACGUCCAAAUAAAGGUGAAAACUAUCCGCGUCCAAAUAAUGACGAAAACUAUUCACGUCCAAGUAACAAUGAUAACAAUCCACGUCCAAAUAAAGGUGAAAACUACCCACGUCCAAAUAAUGACGAAAACUAUUCACGUCCAAGUAAUAAUGAAAACUAUCCACGUCCAAAUAACGAUGGAAAUUAUUCACGUCCAAAUAAAGGUGAAAACUAUCCGCGUCCAAAUAAUGAUGAAAACUAUUCACGUCCAAGUAAUAAUGAAAACUAUCCACGUCCAAAUAACGAUGAAAAUUAUUCACGUCCAAAUAAUGACGAAAACUAUUCACGUCCAAGUAACAAUGCAAACUAUCCACGUCCAAAUAACGAUGAAAAUUAUUCACGUCCAAAUAAAGGUGAAAAUUACCCGCGUCCAAAUAAUGAUGAAAACUAUUCACGUCCCAAUAGCAAUGCAAACCAUCCACGUCCAAAUAAAGGUGAAAAUUAUCCACGUCCAAAUAACGAUGAAAAUUAUUCACGUCCAAGUAACAAUGAUAACUAUCCACGUCCGAAUAACGAUGAAAACUAUUCACGUCCAAGUAACAAUGAUAACUAUCCACGUCCAAAUAAUGAUGAAAAUUAUUCACGUCCCACUAACAAUGCAAACCAUCCACGUCCAAAUAAAGGUGAAAACUAUCCACGUCCAAAUAAUGAUGAAAACUAUUCACGUCCAAGUAACAAUGAUAACUAUCCACGUCCAAAUAAUGAUGAAAAUUAUUCACGUCCCAAUAACAAUGCAAACCGUCCACGUCCAAAUAACAGUGGUUCUACUCAAAGACCUUAUCCUGAUCACAAUAGAGAGGGCCCCCAUGAUCCAGACGAUCGCAUAUCCGAUCGAAAUGAAUAUCCACAGAAUCGACAGUGCAGAAACGACGAAUUUCAUUGCCGAAGUAACGAGUGCCUACCGCGAAGAGUUAAGUGCGAUAAUAAAAUUGAUUGUCGCGAUUCUAGCGACGAAGAAUAUUGUAUGGCGAACAGAAAUAAUGAUGACAGCUGCGUUCUGCCUGAACAACCACAAGGCGGGAAUUACGAAUUGGGUGGUUGCGAUGAACGUUGCGAUAAACGUCCUGGUGAUACAGUUCCUAAAAACAGUUUCCUCAAUUAUACCUGUAAAAGCAAUUACAUGUUGAGAGGAAACACCAUUUCCGUUUGCGUCGACAACGAGUGGUAUCAGCCGCCUUCAUGCCAUAAAAUCUGCUCGUCGUUGAACAGUACCAGCGUAGACAUUUCCUGCAGCUACCACGGGAAAACGGUGUCCUGUAGCGAGCGUAUACUCCCCGGUACGCAGGCUACACUCGCUUGUAAAUCAUCUUAUAAAUUACCUUUAACGAACGAUCCAGCUUACAGGGAGAUCACGUGUCUCGACGAUGGUUUAUGGGAUCAUCGCCUUUUUCGCUGUCUACCAGAAUGCGGAACGUCCAUCGCGCACGGCAACACGUUAAUCGUAAACGGAUUCCAAGCUAAAGCAGGGGUAUUUCCAUGGCACGUGGGUAUUUACGCCAAGGAGAGUAGGGGCAUAUACCAGCAGAUAUGUGGCGGCACUUUAAUUAACAACAAUCUCGUCGUAUCAGCUGCUCACUGUUUCUACGAUGAGGUAUACAACAAACUGUACAACGAAUCGAAAUAUGCCGUGGCAGCCGGCAAACAUUAUCGUGAUUGGAACGCUAGAGAGAAAUACGCGCAGAAAUCAUUGGUGGAGAACAUCCAAGCGGGCGGCAGGUACCAGGGAGCGAGAGGUAAUUUCGCCAACGACAUAGCUUUACUCAAGUUGAAGACGCCUUUCGAGCUGACUACUUUAGUGAGGCCCGCCUGCAUAGAUUGGGACAAUGCGCACGAAAGGGAGCAGCUGCAAGUGGGGCACAGUGGCAAGGUGGUCGGCUGGGGUAAAGAUAUCAAAGGCGAAUCCACCAAGAGCUUACAGGAAAUUGACAUGCCGUUCGUGCCGUAUGACCAGUGUUUGUCCACGGUUCCUACAGAUUUUCGAGGAUACCUCACGUCCGACAAAUUCUGCGCCGGUCAUUUGAACGGUUCAAGUGUCUGCGACGGAGAUAGCGGUGGCGGCUUGUGCUUCCAGAAGGAUGGCGUUUGGUAUCUUCGCGGCAUUGUGAGUGUAAGCCCGGAGAACAAAGGCACCUGCGAUUACAACUCGUACGUUGGAUUUACUUCCAUCAGUCACUUCCGUGAUUGGAUUCGCGAGGCCUACGUGAGCGCGUAAAUGUUUCGUGGGAUAUGUGACAGAGUUGUGCGAACGCGCGAAAUAUAUCGCCGUAUCAUCGAGUCUGCCGGACAGUUUUUUGAUGUGACGUCAAAACAAGAUAACCGCAACAAAGCAUUGACAAUUAUAAAUCUUCUUCACAAUUUUUUAGCAUCGAAUGGCAGAAACGUGAAAAUGGAAGAAUAUAGAGAUUUAAAGAUUUGCGCGAUAUAAAACUGUUGAAAACGCACUAUUAUCUCUGAGAGACAUUUUAUCGAAUAUGAUUUAUAAAAAGUUUCAAAUGCCUGUACUG